GAUCACAAUGAAGAAGCAACAGCAGCGUGCAACACUAACUAACUGAAGUGAAGCACUGAUCUGACGCACUGAUCCUGAACGCAUCAUCGGCGGCGCUCGGGCCGUUUCCUGGUGCAGCGGAUCCGCCUGAGAGACACAGACAGCGGCUCGGCAGCACCACUGCAGCCGCGCAGCUGAGAGGGAGGACGUGAAAGAGAUUUAAUCCGUUCGUUCGAAGAGCUCUCCCCCCACCCCAUUUCCCUUACCCCCCCCUCCCCCAGGUCCGGUUCAACUAGGCUUGGUCUGCGGAGCUGCUGCUGAACUAAGCUAGCGCGGCUAGCUCACUUCAGCUAGCGCGGCUAGCUAGCUAGGAAUUUAUCAAGUGUAGCGUUAGUUCGAAUUUAUUUAGCAUUUUUCUCUCCAAGCUGCAAACGGACAAGGAAAAAGUAUGUCGGCCAAAGAGCCAAGCAAACUGUCCACCACCGAACGACCUAUCAAAGCGGUGCCGUACCCCCCCGGGACCCACCUGUCGGUCAAGGACCUGUACGUGGACGGGAGGCCCAGCGUGGAGGUCCUGAAGGCCCACCUGGUGAAAGAGGGCCGGGUGGAGGAGGAGACCGCUCUGAGGAUCAUCAACGACGGAGCCGCCAUCCUCCGUCAGGAGAAGUGCAUGCUGGAGGUGGAGGCUCCCAUCACAGUGUGCGGCGACGUCCACGGGCAGUUCUUUGACCUGAUGAAGCUCUUCGAGGUGGGGGGGUCCCCCAGCAGCACCCGCUACCUGUUCCUGGGAGACUACGUGGACCGAGGCUACUUCAGCAUCGAGUGUGUUCUGUUCCUCUGGGCGCUGAAGAUCAACCACCCCAGCACCCUCUUCCUCCUCAGAGGGAACCACGAGUGCCGGCACCUCACAGAGUACUUCACCUUCAAGCAGGAGUGUAAGAUCAAGUACUCUGAGAGGGUCUAUGAUGCCUGCAUGGAUGCGUUCGACUGCCUCCCUCUGGCUGCUCUCCUCAACCAGCAGUUCCUGUGCGUCCACGGAGGCCUGAGCCCCGAGGUCACCUGCCUGGAUGACAUCCGCAAGCUGGACCGGUUCAAAGAGCCACCGGCCUUCGGCCCCAUGUGUGACCUGCUGUGGUCGGACCCAGGAGAGGACUACGGGUCGGAGAAGACUCAGGAGCACUUCAGCCACAACAGCGUGAGAGGCUGCUCCUAUUUCUACAGUUACCCUGCAGUGUGUGACUUCCUGAUGAACAACAACCUGCUGUCUGUAAUACGAGCUCAUGAAGCUCAGGAUGCAGGGUACCGGAUGUACAGGAAGAGUCAGACCACCGGGUUCCCUUCGCUCAUCACCAUCUUCUCUGCCCCAAACUACCUGGAUGUGUACAACAACAAAGCGGCGGUGCUGAAAUAUGAGAACAAUGUGAUGAACAUCCGUCAGUUCAACUGCUCCCCUCAUCCCUACUGGCUGCCCAACUUCAUGGACGUCUUCACCUGGUCGCUGCCCUUCGUGGGGGAGAAGGUCACAGAGAUGCUGGUGAACGUGUUGAACAUCUGCUCCGACGACGAGCUGAUGUCAGAGGGAGACGACACGUGUGAAGGUGGAACUCCGGCCGUCAGGAAGGAAGUGAUCAGAAAUAAGAUCCGGGCCAUCGGGAAGAUGGCUCGUGUGUUCUCUGUGCUCAGAGAGGAGAAUGAGAGUGUGUUGCAGCUGAAGGGUCUGACCCCCACAGGGACGCUGCCGGUGGGAGUUUUGUCCGGCGGUCGCAGAACUCUGCAGAGCGCCACCGUAGAGGCAGAGGAGGCACAAGGUACGCAGCCGUCUACUUCCUGUUUCCUGUCUGAUGAUGUCAUAGCUCUGACUGUUAUUACACCCGAUUCAUAUUAUUACUAGUAGGAUUAUUUGUGAUAUUUAUUACCAUUGUAGGGACAAUGAUUAGUAUCGGUUGUACUGCUGGAGUUAGAAUUAUUCUUACAGCAAUAACAAUUAUUGUUAUUUAAAAACA